AUGGAUAAAGACUUUCGUUAUUAUUUUCAGCAUCCCUGGUCUCGCCUGGUUGUGGCUUAUUUGGUGAUCUUCUUUAACUUCUUAAUAUUUGCUGAAGAUCCAGUUUCUCAUAGCCAAACAGAAGCCAAUGUUCUUGUUGUUGGAAACUGUUUUUCAUUUGUAACAAAUAAAUACCCUAGAGGAGUUGGCUGGAGGCUUUUGAAGGUGCUUCUAUGGCUACUUGCCAUUCUCAUAGGACUAAUAGCUGGCAAAUUUCUGUUCCAUCAGAGUUUGUUUGGUCAGCUACUCCGGCUAAAAAUGUUUCGAGAGGAUCAUGGAUCAUGGAUGACAAUGUUCUUCAGCACAAUUCUCUUUCUCUUCAUAUUUUCUCAUAUAUACAACACGAUUCUUCUAAUGGAUGGGAACAUGGGAGCAUACAUCAUUACAGACUACAUGGGCAUCCGAAAUGAAAGUUUCAUGAAAUUAGCUGCAGUAGGGACCUGGAUGGGGGACUUUGUCACAGCUUGGAUGAUCAAAGAUUACUGCCUUCAGGAUAAGGUAUAUCCUUCCUGGGGUUCAUUGAGCUAUCCGUUUUGGAAGAAAGGCAACGUGAAGUUACUUCUUUUAUGGACGGUUCUUUUUACUCUGACUUCUGUGGUUGUACUUGUUAUCACAACGGACUGGAUCAGUUGGGACAAGCUGAAUCGGGGAUUUUUGCCCAGCGAUGAAGUUUCCAGAGCCUUUCUGGCUUCUUUCAUCUUGGUCUUUGACCUCCUCAUUGUGAUGCAGGACUGGGAAUUCCCACACUUCAUGGGAGAUGUUGAUGUAAAUCUCCCCGGGUUGCACACGCCUCAUAUGCAGUUCAAGAUUCCCUUCUUCCAGAAGAUCUUUAAGGAGGAAUAUCGUAUUCAUAUAACAGGUAAAUGGUUUAAUUAUGGAAUCAUCUUUCUCGUCUUAAUUUUGGAUCUUAAUAUGUGGAAGAACCAGAUAUUUUAUAAACCUCAUGAAUAUGGGCAAUAUAUUGGCCCAGGACAGAAGAUUUAUACAGUGAAAGACUCUGAAAGUUUAAAGGAUUUGAACAGAACCAAGCUAUCCUGGGAAUGGAGGUCUAAUCACACCAACCCUCAGACUAAUAAAACAUACGUUGAGGGAGACAUGUUCUUACACAGCAGGUACAUAGGGGCUAGCCUUGAUGUCAAGUGUCUGGCCUUUGUUCCAAGUUUGAUUGCUUUUGUGUGGUUUGGAUUCUUCAUCUGGUUCUUUGGACGGUUUUUGAAAAAUGAGCAAGGCAUGGAGAACCAAGACAAAACUUACACCCGCAUGAAAAGAAAAUCCCCAUCAGAGCAUAGCAAAGACAUGGGAAUCACUAGAGAAAAUACCCAGGUUUCAGUGGAAGACCCAUUGAAUGACCCUCCUUUGGUUUGCAUCAGGUCUGACUUCAACGAGAUAGUCUACAAGUCUUCCCACCUAACAUCAGAAAACUUGAAUUCACACUUGAAUGAAUCUACCAGCGCAACAGAGGCUGAUCCAGACCCAACUACUUCUAAAAAUACACUUACGAACUAG